CCUCAAUGCGCAGUGGUUAUUAUUUUUUUUCUACUCUCUCUCCCUCUCUCUUUCCCUUCCUUUCCUUGCUCUCCUUCCUCCCUCCCUCUCUUUCUCUCUCUUCUUUACAAAUCAACCCCUGCUGCCAAAAACACACCUCGCCCCCAUCACUUUCUCAUUCCCAUACCUCCACCCCUCCUCACCGCCUGGCUGUUCAUUCGCUUCUGAUUCGGGUCUGUUUCGCAAUCCACUCGUUCAUUUCAAGCACAGUCUGUUCCUCUACCCCACUCUCUCGUCCCCCUUCCCUCUCAACACAUAUAAGCACACAAGAUGGCUCCCUUGCUCGAGCAACUCAAGAACUUUAUUCGCCACGGCAAGAGCGGAAAAGACAUGAAGACUCGGGACUCUGGAGCAUCCGUUCACUCGCCACAGCAGAGCUCCAUCAAGUCCAGAUCCCGUGGCGGGUCCAGAAACCCUUCACCGUCCAGGAAUACGAACAAUGCAGAGCGCCGUAGUGCCGAAACCCAGGACAAUGUCAACUACAACACUGCCGCCUCCAAUACAGAAGCUGCCUCGAGGAUUGUCGCCGAAGAGAAGCAGCAAAAGAGCAAGAUGCCAGUGUACCCUGGAUUGGAGCGAUACAAACUGAUCGAGAAGAUGGGCGACGGAGCGUUCAGUAAUGUCUACAAGGCACAUGAUACUAAGAUGGACCGCAUGGUCGCCGUCAAGAUCGUCCGCAAGUUCGAGCUCAAUGCCCAUCAGAAUAAGCAUCUGCAUCGCGACAUGAAAAAGAAGCCUCGCGUCACAGAGCGCGCAAAUAUUCUCAAGGAGGUCCAGAUUAUGCGUCAGCUGAAGCACCCAGGAAUCGUAGAGUUGUACGACUUCUCGGAAUCGAACGAGCACUACUUCUUGGUCCUGGAGCUCGCUCCCGGAGGAGAACUGUUCCACCGCAUCGUGAAGCUGACAUACUUUUCGGAGGAGCUGACUCGCCAUGUCAUUGUCCAGGUCGCGCAGGCGGUCCGUUAUCUUCACGAGGAAAAGGGUGUUAUCCACCGCGACAUCAAACCCGAAAACAUCUUGUUUGAGCCCAUUCCCAUCAAACCUUCGCCUCUCGGAUCCCGCCCCGAUGAAGAUGACAAGGAGGACGAGGGCAUUUUCCAGCCCGGCAUUGGAGGAGGAGGAAUCGGUCGUGUCAAGAUUGCUGACUUUGGUUUGUCCAAGGUCGUGUGGAACGAGCAGACCAUGACGCCAUGCGGAACUGUUGGCUACACUGCACCAGAGAUUGUCAAAGAUGAACGCUACUCAAAGUCGGUCGAUAUGUGGGCCAUGGGCUGUGUCCUUUACACCCUCCUUUGCGGUUUCCCCCCAUUCUACGAUGAGAGCAUUCAGGCUUUGACUGAGAAGGUCGCCCGGGGACAAUAUACCUUCCUGAGCCCUUGGUGGGACGAGAUCUCUUCAUCAGUUAAGGAUCUGAUUACACAUUUGCUCUGCGUCAACCCCAACGAGCGCUACACGAUUGAUCAGUUCUUGGCUCACCCAUGGGUCAAGGCUGGUGAGGUGGUCGAAGCUGCAAGCAGUGAUAUUCCUGUUAUUGCUGUGGAAGCCCCUGACGCCGUCGCUCCCGAGAACAAGUUGUUGACUAGUGUUGCUGCUAUGACGCCCAACUAUGGUGGGCCAAAGACUCCUUACAAGCGUAGAGCAGAGAACCCACUGUCGCCUGGUGUUGGUCUCAAGGAGGUCUUUGAUGUCUCGAAUGCUGUCCAUCGCAUGGAAGAAGAAUCUCGUCGUCGCCAUACACCGCAGGUCUCGGGUCUCCAUCCAGUCGAUGCUUUGAACACCACCACCCGUCAGCGCCAGGCCUUUAUGUCUCAAUUGAACGAGGAGGACGAGGAGGAUGAGCAGUCGUCUUACUCUGAUGGCACAGAAUCAAUGACGAGUGACGACGAGGCGAUCAUUUCUGGAUUGAGCGAUGUGCAGAUCAAUAUCGAACAGGCUCAGGAAGACACCAACGUCAAUAACACUGAGGAAGACCAGAAGGCGCAAGAGUUGAGAGUGUUGCUCCAGCAACAGCAACAGGAAUACCAGAAGGCUCAGGAGGACAUUGCGGCACGGAACCACCAAAAGUACCUGAAGCAGCAGCAACAAGCUGGACAUUCGAUACCCGCUCAGCACACUUUGCCUGCGGCGUCAGCGUCAUCGAACACGCUGUCGGGUGCUGUGCGCAGCAACCAGGUCGGACCCUCCAAGAGUGGUAAUACGAUGAGCACAUCGACCUCUGCAUCGACAGUGGGGUCAACCUCGACCACAUCGUCGUCGCGUCGUCGCCGUGCAGGAUUUGAGUUGAACAUGAAUCAAGCCACCCUGUUGAACCGUCGGGCCAAGCAGCACCCAGCAGAGGCACCGGCUCUUAGUCAGGAGUCGCCUGUCAUGGCUGUUUAAGGACGUGUUCUUGUUUCUGUUUUUUCUUUCUUUCUUUCUAGAUGACUUACAGAAAAAAAAAAAAAGAGACGAAGCAAGAGACUUGAAGUUUUUAUUGCUUUUUAUUACCAUUUUUCUUUUUUUUUUGUAUCUUGAUGUUCUUAUUUCCUGUCCACACCGUGUACCAGUAAUUGUGUUGCCAGCCUUGUAACUAUUAGCCGUUUUUGCCUUGCAAAACAAACAAAAAACCGCCAUUAAAGACC